AUGCAGAGUCAAGUGGAUAUGGAUUUAUCCAAACAAUUGGCUGAAUUGAAAAAAGACCAUGAGCAGAAAUUGAAGGGGAAGAAUCUGCAUAUUGAUGAACAACAAACCGUUAAUGUAUCUGAUGGAGAGGAUGACAAGGAAAACAAUGUGAUUGAGAAUGAACUAGUCAAAACUAGUGCUCCGACCAUUUCAAGUUUCAACGUACUGCGCGUUCUUAUUUCUCCUAUGAAGGUUAAUAACUCUGAGAAUUUACAAAGUGAAGAGACUUGUCGAGGGAAUACGGACACGCAGGAAUCGGAAUCUAGUGAUGGUAAGGAGGAGAACUCAAUCACUGAGCAAGUUGUUGACCCGUUGGAGCCCGAUUUGGUUGUAGUUGCUGACAGCCAUAAAGACAUUCCGGAUGCUGGCUCAAUUCUCAACUCCGAGGUACCAGUCCACAUGGAGGGAGUAAUUCCAGAUCCAAAGGGUUAUACCGUGGAUGGAAGUGCAGAAAUCCCGAAUAACGCUCCAGGAAUCCAGCGUGCUGAGGAUGGGAAUAAAGAGAAGACCGAGCCCCCGAAGAAGAAAAGAAAGAAAGAGAAAUCAGGAAUGCAGAAGUCUAAAAAAUCGAGAGCUGACUCUCCAACCCGAGCCCAAGUCCUCGAACAGCUGAGAGCCAUGCAGGAGCAGAUAGAUGCAUUGAAAAAUACUUCAUAUAAACCUAUUCUGAAAAUGGUAAACAGUCUGCAGGUACAGAUUGGAGAAAUUAAGGAGUCCCUCAAGAUGUGCCACGAGUUUUCGUGCACCCAAUUUGAACAAUUGAUAGCAGCCUGGAAAGACUUGAAAGAUACUCGUCUUGAUGCCCUCUACCUAUCUGUUGCAGAGCCGAAAGAAACUUCUGAGGAACCCGGCACAUCUAAAGAAAUAGCAAAGAAGAGGAAGAGAAGAAAGGCUAAUGACGGACCGAGUAAAUUGAGAAGGACAAACAAAAAAGUUUGUCUGCCUCGAAUUCAAAUUUCUUCAUCUAGUGGCUCAGGCUCUGAUACCGAUAAAAAUGCGAAAGGCCAGGACACGAGGCGUCCAAAGGAACCACAGGCAUUGUCUUCGUCAAAUUCAUCACGAUCUUCAAGUGCAUCUGGAUCAUUGAGUUCUGCGGACGAGGAGGAACCAAAAACUAUCUAA